AUGAAUCGGGCGCCUGCUUAUUUACGUGCGGGUUCGAUACUUUUCACCUUAUCGGCGAAUCAUCUUAUACCCGGCAAUUCCAAUGAUGCAAGAUUCUCUGAAUUGAUCAUAUCUAGAUUUAAAGUAAUGUUUUGCGUUUUGAUAAUAUUUGCUGUGCUUUGUGGAAGUAUAAAUAUUUUUUGGAUUUUUCAAACAAUGUCCUCCGAAUAUGAAAUUGCGGAACUUUUGUUUCACUUUAUGAUUAUAAUCAUUGAAAUUGUAUACAUAUUGACUGCUAAUUAUCUUGCACAAGAAAUUAUAGAUCAUAAUAAUAAUAUAUAUGUCACCGUGUAUAACAUUCAGUGGUAUAUAACUCCAUUGCAAAUACAAAAGAUGAUUUUAUUUCUUUUGCAAAGAAGAACCAAAGAGUUCAAUUUAAAUAUUGCUGGUUUAUUUGUGGGAUCAUUAGAAGGUGCUGCUACAAUGUUCAGUGCCAUAUUAUCAUAUUUUACCGUCCUUUAUUCUACGCAACGUUAAUAAAUGUUAAUAAAAUAAAUCAAUUAAAGAAAUUCGAUAUAUUGUAAA